ACGUGAUUAACAACAAAAAAAUGACACUCUUAUAAUUGAAGGCGCUGGAGACUUUCAAUCACACCAUCUCGGCCCACCGAGCUGCGACUAAUACCCCUUCCCCCCUCCCCGCCGCCCCCCCUCCCCCUCUCAUGUGGAGAGCAUGAGGGGUGUGGAAGGGUGGUGGUUGACUAAGGCACGCUGCCAUGAUGGCGUCUCAGAGAGGAGAAGACGAAGAUGGCGAUGGCGGGGUUGCCGUCCUCGACUCGGAGUACGUGGCAGCUUUCCAGCAAUAUGUAUUGCGGCAUCACGGUGCGGAUCUCGAUCAGUUGCUGCUCGAAGAAGACGAUUCUGUCCACUACCCUCUUCACAUCUACUACGCCGAGCUUUUCGAAUCUAGCCCUGCGCUUGCAACGCUGCUAUACCUUCAUCCGAGGAAACUCCUGCCUCUGUUCGAUGCCGCCAUUGUGGAGGCCCAGAACGAAGUGUACAACAACAACAAUAAACGUCAUCGUCAUCGUCGGCGUCGCGGCGGCGGCGGCGAUGGUGGUGGUGGUGGUGGUAAUGCUGCUGCUGCUGAUGAGGAUGAUGAGGAUGAUGACGUGGCAGGUGUGAAGGAGAACGUUCACGCGCGAAUCAUCAUGCACGGAUCGGCCGCCGACUGCCUCGAAGUGUUCCCUCGAAUCUCUCGCAUUCGCUGCAAGGAUCUCGCCCGUUUGAUCACCGUCAAGGGAACUGUCAUCCGGACAGGAACAAUCAAGGUGCUCGAAGCGGAGAGGGAGUACGAGUGCGCCAAGUGUCAGCACAAGUUCCUGGUUGCGCCCGAAUUAGAACAAGGUAAUGUGGUCCAGCUGCCAGUUCAGUGCCCAUCGCAACGGACCAAUCGAUGCAAAGGAACGCGGUUCAAGCUUGUGGAGGGGUCGGUGAGGCGGCGGGACUACCAGGAGGUGAAGAUCCAAGAGCAGGUACAGGCGUUGGGCAUGGGUUCCGUCCCGAGAUCCAUUCCUUUGGUCCUGGAAGACGACCUGGUGGAUGUCAUCAAGGCCGGCGAUGACGUGGCGGUCACUGGCGUCCUGCUCACCCGGUGGCGAUCCGUCAGCGUCGAAGCUCGCUGCGAUGUCGAUCUGGUCUUGAAGGCCAACAACCUGACGAAGCUGAACGAGUGCAAGUCGGUUGUGGAUGUGUCGGAGGAGAUGGUGGAGCAAUUUGGGGAGUUCUGGAAGACGCACGCGGAACGUCCGAUGAAGGGGCGGAACGAGAUUCUGAGGGCGAUUUGCCCGCAGGUGUUCGGUUUGUUCACGGUCAAACUCGCAGUGGCGCUGACUUUGAUUGGCGGAGUGCCACGUGUCGACGGCUCCGGCACUCGGAUCCGAGGCGAGUCGCACCUGCUCCUAGUCGGAGAUCCCGGCACGGGGAAGUCGCAGUUCCUCAAGUAUGCAGCCAGGUUGAGCCACCGGUCGGUGAUGACGACCGGUCUGGGCAGCACGACCGCGGGGCUGACCGUUACCGCGCGCAAAGAUGGCGGGGAUUGGGUGCUUGAGGCAGGUGCUCUCGUCCUCGGCGAUGGCGGCCUCUGCUGCAUUGACGAGUUCGGCGGCAUAAGCGAGGCCGAUCGAGCGGCCAUACACGAGGCCAUGGAGCAGCAAACCCUAAGUGUAGCGAAGGCGGGACUCGUGACGACGCUAAACACGAGGACGACAGUGUUCGCGGUGACAAACCCUAAGGGAAGCUACGAUCCGCAGGAGAGUCUGUCGGUGAACUGUGCGCUCUCCUCUCCUCUGCUCAGCCGCUUUGACAUCGUGCUCGUGCUGCUUGACACGAACGAUCCCGAUUGGGAUAAGGUUGUGUCGGGACAUAUUCUGGCGGAGCACUCCAGAAGUGGUAAUCGUCGUCAGCAUCAUGGGUCGGGCAACAACACGUCCAAUUGCGGCAAUCCCCACUCGUCAUUCCCGGGGGAGGAGGGGGAGGAGGAACAAAGGGAGGAGGAGGAGGAGGACGAGGAGGAGGAGGAGGGCGGAGAUGGAAGAGGAGGAGGAGGUGGUCUUGGUAAGAAGAAGAGGAAGAGGAAGAGGAGGGGGGGCAGUGCACCGUCAUCAUCAUCAUCAUCACCAUCGGCAUCGGCAUCCCUGUGGACUAUCGACAGGCUUAGGAGUUAUAUAUGUUAUAUAAGGUCGGCUUUUCAGCCUGUGCUCACCGACGAGGCAGAAGUAGUAAUCAGCGGGUACUACCAGUUGCAGAGAAGGGAUGCGGCACGCAACGCCGCCAGGACGACAAUUCGGUUGCUGGAGAGUUUGAUCAGACUCGCUCAUGCGCACGCACGGCUUAUGUUCCGCAACGAGGUGACACGUGUCGAUGCCGUGAUGGCCAUCUUCUGUGUGGAAUCGUCCAUGACUACGUCUGCAAUCCUCCACGACGGAGGGGAUGCCCUCCAUUCCGCGUUCCAGACCGAUCCCGAUUCCUGGUAUGCUGCACAAGAGGCGAUUAUUCUCGAACGUCUUGGCCUUCGCUGCGGCAAACAAGGUGAUUUGUAUUAUGAUCUGGAUGAUGAUAAUGAUGGUGGUGGUGGUGGUGGUUUUGGUGGUGGGGGGGAGGAAGAAAUAGCAAAUGAUGAACUCGGUGGCAAGGAGUCGGCUGCCAGGUGGAAGAGGCGGCGGCCAGAUAUUGAUGAUGAUGAUGGUGGUGGCUAUGGAGGAGGAGGAGGAGGAGGAGGAGGAGGAGGAGAGAAGGUCAAGACCGCUGCAGGAGGCAGGACUGCUAAUUGGGGCGGUGAUGGUGGAGCAUGCGACGGAAGGGGGAAGGGAGCAUCAUCCUUUGGACUGGAUGGUGGCCAAAGGAGUGUGGGAGCGUUGGGCAUGCCAGGCCAACUGGCCAAAGAGUCCAUUGCCGAGUACCGACAGCGGUUCCAAGCUCAACUCGCACUAAUCGAGGCUGAGGAGCAGUGCCAGGCGGCAGCCGAGGCUGCUCACCUACAGGCUGAAGCGGCUGCAGCAGCUGAAAAACAGCGGCUUCAGGCCGAAGAUGACGCAAAUGCCUUGGCCCGCCGCAAGGAGGCCCAGGAUCUGCUGCAGCGGCACGAAGCCACCAGCGUUGACAAGCUCAAGUUCUGGCAUUUCGAACCAUCCGAGGAUCAUGACGAUGCAACACCGGAAGAGAAGCACAAGGAGUUCCUCUCCAAACUCGUGACCCGGUUGCCUCAUUGUAACGUGCUCAAGGCACAAUUGCGGGAUUACUUGCACACUGCAAUACCAGCUCCGUUGAUGGACGCCGGAGUAGAGGUUGUCGACCUUCACGACUACGUUGUGAAGAUCGACCACGAGUUCAAGACAACAGUACAACGACAUCGAUAUGCCAUUGUUGUACAUACGCAUUCAAUCGGAGAGGCGACCUGCAACGCUUUGAUCGAUUGCGGAGCCACUCGCAACUAUAUCAGCCAAGCAUUUAUGGUACACGUUGGCCUUGGGCCACGCGUUUGGAGAAAGUCGCAACCCACAUUGGCCGACGGUCACACGCACAAGUCAAUCGAUCGGUGCAUUGAUUUCGUCCCUGUGUACUUCACCCUGCAUGCAAGCGAGGCCGUGUCCUUCGACAUUUUGGACACUCAAUUCGACAUGAUUUUGUGCAUGUCAUGGCUGCGAAGCGAGGACCACCCGAUGAACUUCUACCGUCGCACCGUUCACGUUCAUGACCGGAACGAAGUACUAGUCCUAUGCACGGUGCCUCCACCUCACCCUUCGAUCAGUUGUCAUGUGGUCUCCGCCACGAGCAUUCGAGCUUCCAUCACCCGAGAUGACAUCGAGGAGAUGGGUGUGUGUUUUCUCCACGCCCGCCUGCCCCAUGACAUCUCAUCGACGGACGCAUCGACGGAUGCACGCAUCGCCGAGCUUCUCGACGCCUACGGCGACGUGUUCGAAACCCCCCACGGAGUAGUACCGGAUCGGCCCAUCCGCCACGAGAUCAUCCUCGAGGUCGGGGCCGCAUCUCCGCGUGGUUGCAUCUAUCGCAUGAGCGAGGAAGAGUUAAGUGUGCUACGGGCACAACUCGAUGACCUUUUUGAGAAAGGCUGGAUCCGACCUAGCUCUUCGCCAUACGACGCUCCUGUUCUCUUCGUUCGGAAGAAGAAUAAGGACUUGCGGUUGUGCAUCAAUUAUCGCAAGCUCAACGCGCAAACUGUCAAGAACGUCGGCCCUCUUUCGCGCAUCGACGGCCUCCUCGAACGGCUGGGCGGUGCCAAGUUCUUCUCCAAGCUUGACCUCAAAUCGGGAUAUCACCAACUCGAGAGCCGGCAGGAGGACCGCUACAAGACUGCAUUUAAGACGCGAUACGGGCAUUUCAAAUGGCUGGUCAUGCCUUUUGGCCUUACGAAUGCCCCGACCACAUUCCAAGCGGCUAUGACAAUGGAGUUCCGACACAUGCUGGAUAGAUUCGUACUCAUCUACCUCGACGAUAUCUUGGUGUACAGCCGGAGUUUGGACGAGCAUGUGGAGCACCUGCGCACCGUUUUGGAGCGGCUACAACAAGCCAAGUACAAAGCCAACCGCGACAAAUGCAAAUUCAAGCGGCAAGAGUUGGAGUACUUGGGAUAUUUUGUGACGCUGCAAGGCAUCCGUUCACUCGCGGACAAGAUUGAGGCCAUCCGCGAAUCCGGCACCAAGAUGAAACCAAGUUCAGCUCGACAUCCACAAACGGAUGGGCAAACGCAGCGGGCUCUUCAGACCGCUCAAAUGAUGCUUCGUACGCUCAUCCGUCCGGAUCAGAAGGAUUGGGUUGACCACCUCCUCGACAUCAAGUUUGCCUACAACACUCCGUUGCAUCCGACGAUCAGCGUGACUCCAUUCGAGUUGCACCACGGUGGACGGAAAGGCCGUUUCUCCGCUGAUCUUCUCCUUCCACGAACAACCGAGAUAGAUGCAGCUUGCUCUCCCGCCUCCGCUCGGAAGUACAGGGAGUUGCCGACUCAAGCCCGCGCGAACAUGCAAAAGGCUCAAGUCCGCAUGCAGCAGCAAGCAAACAGCAGCCGCGUGCCAUGUCCCAUCCACGCUGGUGAUCUGGUUUGGGUCUCCGCGGAAGACUUUGCGCUCAAACAGGAUGUUUCACGCAAACUACUCCCCAAGUGGUUUGGACCAUGGACCGUCCUUUCAGCAGCAGGCGACGAGCCCUACGGCCCAUCCUUUGUGAUCUACAUUCCUCCGCAUCUGCCGGUCCAUCCAGUCUUUCACGCCUCGAAGCUGGCGACAUACACACCAGCUAAGAGCGACGAUUUCCUGGGCCGACAAUUGCAAGACCUUCCAUCUAUGGAUGGUCAUCAGGAAGUCGACCGCAUCACCACGGAUCGCAAGUACGGCAGCAAGCCUCGACAUUACAAAGUUACCUUUAAAGCAUAUGAUCCCAACGACACUCGAUGGAUUUCAGGAGCAGAUUUGAAAGCAUCCGCACCGCUGAUCUACGCUCACUACGAACGACAAAGGUUAGCUAAAGAAGCUUCACGACCUGCCCCUCCCACCCGGACUUUGGUCCCUCCCUCAGACAGGCAGCUUCGCCCUCACAGGUGUCCGCUGCAGAUUGCGCUACCUCUGGGCUGGUCGUCGUCGGAAGGAGACUCUGAGGCUCUCAUCUAGGCUGUUUUUCUGAAGCUGAAGGAAGGGCCUUCUUGUGCUGCACAGACUCAAUGGGGAAGCGCAUCAAUCUUCGGACUGCUGCUUGCAGCAGGCUGUCUAUUGUUCAAAACUGCUUGCCAUGACUCUCUUUGCUGGACAUGACACGGUGCUGUCUCUUGUAUAUCCCAUAUAAGUGUGCGAGAGGCUGAUGCUGACAUCAGAGCUGUGCGGGGUCAUUUGAACGCCACCACUUGGUUAUCGUGCUCUGUGCCAAGCUCGUGACUGCAUCGCAGCACUGUGGGCGCAUCUCAAGGGCUCAGUGAGAUGGUGGUUCUGCAUGCAGGUGAGCAUAAAUUGUUCACAGGCCAAUGAACAGCGCAGCAGUAU